AUGGACCAGGACAGAGGCGUGCCGGAAAUGCCAGGAAACCUGGUUUCCGAGGAGGUUUCGAGCUAUCUGAAAUCACGGGUGUCGCAGAUUCUUAGGACCAGAUACAAUUCUUUUCCUGGGUCGCAGCCUGUGAGUUUUACGCGAGAACAUCUCACAACUUUGAAAAAUAGAGACUAUUUGGUUUGCGAGAAGUCGGACGGUCUUCGUUGUUUGUUGCUUGUGUUAAUUAACGACGAUACAGGGGAAGAGGGUACUUUUCUUAUUGAUAGAGAAAACCAGUAUUAUAUGGUUCCCGGUUUCCAUUUCCCAAGAACUAAUAAAAAUUUCGACUCGUCUCACAAUGGAACAAUUGUUGAUGGAGAGCUGGUUUGGAGUAAGAACCCAACAACAGGAGUCAAGGAGCUCAGAUAUCUCGUGUUUGACUGUCUGGCGAUGGACAUGAACAGCGUGAUGCACAAGAACUUGUGGAAACGUUUGUACCAUGCUCAACACGAGUUCCACAAGCCAUACAUGGAGCUUCGACGAGCAUUUCCCGACGCUUGUGCCCAGUUUCCGUUUAAACUGGACUUUAAGAACAUGACUCAGCCUUACAAGAUCAGAAAGAUUUUCCAGGAGAUGAAGAAUUUGACCUACGUUUCUGACGGUUUGAUCUUGACGUGCUGCGAUACUCCAUAUAUUCCGGGAACAGACUCUCAUUUGCUAAAGUGGAAGCCUGCGGAAGAAAACACGAUCGACUUCAAAAUCAAGCUUGAGUUCCCAAUCUAUGUGGACGAGGAUUUGCCCAAACACGAUCCAAACAGAGAGUAUCCCGAUUACGAUGCCAAGCCGGUUAUAAAACUAUUUGCGUGGAAAGGAAAAGACGAGGCUGACAACGAAUCCGUUGAAGAUAAUAUCAAGCGCAAUGACGGUGAGUAUAUCAACAGUUUCAGAGGGUACGAGGAGUGGAACCAGGUCACUUUAACCGACGAUGAGUGGAACCAAUUGAAAGCCACUGGUGAGUCUUUCAACGGGAGAAUUGCUGAAGUUAGACGGAAUGAGUCUGGCGAGUGGAAGAUCCUUCGUUUCAGAGACGACAAGGCACAUGGUAACUACAUCGACGUGGUGAUGAAAGUGCUCAAGUCUAUUGAGGACUCCGUGAGCAGAGAAGAACUGGUGGCUGCCGAAACAGAAAUCAGAGACCGCUGGCUCCAAAGAGAAAAGCUGAAGCAGCAGUACGCACAGCAUGCACAGCAAACUCAACAUACCCAGCAGCACGCUCCACAAAAGCGGAAACUAGAGCCUGCUCCACAAAAACCCCAGCAGGACGAUGACGAGUACUACGAGUCGGACGGAUUCGAAGAGCUGCCAUCUUACACCAAGACCAACAGUCCAAAGUAUGGAGACUUGGAAGCUCCAGAAAAGAAAAGACAUGUGUAA